GAGAGCGAGUACUCAGCCUCAUUCCUCUACUGAAACCACCUGCUUUACGCAUGGGCCACACACCUCUCUCAACCAGAGGACAAGCUCUCACUGUCACCCAGCAGCUGGAUUCAAGCCUUGAAAUCUGAUUUUGUAUUGCUCUUGUACUCUUGGCCGGAAACAGAAUGAGUGGCUGAAGAAGUGAAUUUACUUACUUGAUCAAGGAGGCUUCUUUUUCUGUUUUGUUUUUCCCCCCUUUUCGGUGGAUUGAAAAAACAUGGACCAGGAAGGCACAAUGGACUUUAAAGCCCUAAGGGCUAAGUUCCAGGAUGAAGAACUCCACCUGAAGCAACCCAGGUUCAAACCUGCUCUCCCUGACAAACCAAAGGUUGUUCCUCCUCCUCAGAGUCCUACUCAUUAUGUCCCAGUGGGAGCACGCCCGUCCCUGCUGACCUCUAUCAACCAGAGCAUUGAAGGGAAGACACUGAUUGCCCCCAGAGUGGUCUUCAAGGAUGACAAAAAAGACAUGAAAAAGCCUCUCAUCCAGACUAACUCUAAAAAGAAGGAGAAGAGUGAAGGUAAACUGAAAGGAGGCAAAGACAAGACAAAGGAAAGCAAGGAGAAGCUUGAUGAGGAUUCGCUCGAUCAGAAACAGAAGAAGGACAACGUUAAAGACAAGAAGCUCUCUUCGGUCUUUCCCACAAUUCAGAAGGAGAGUACAGCCGAGCUUGUGCAAGCCACACCCCCUCCCAAAUCCACAGUGAAGAAGAAGGGUCUGCUCAGCCUGAUGAAGUCCUCAAAAAGAGAAUCUGCGGAGAUAACAACAGAGCCAAUCCUAGACACUCCAAGCCUAGAUGUUCCUGGACCAGCUCCACUCAUCCCAGUGCCUUCUGACCUUGUUACCCCGCAGCCUGAAAUGUCGACGCCAGAAUUGCUCCUUUUACAAAGUCCCACAACGUCUACCUCCAGUGCUGGGGAAGUCACGCCAUCGUCCACGAUCCCUGAAUCUCCUGCCUUCAUCCCCCCACCUGUCUUUAUUCCUGACAUCCCGGAGCCUGAAGUCCCCUCCACAGAGUUCGAAUCCCAGCUACAGAUAAAGGAUCCUGACUUUCCUGAUCUCAGACCAGACAGUCCCAUUGAAGUUAUUCCCAGCGCAUCCAGUUAUUCCCUUUCAAGUCCCCCGCCAGUGGUCUCUGCUUCAUCUCUGUCGCUUCCCGAGCCUGAGCUCAUGGUUGAGCCUGGCAUAGAGGCUAUUAAUUUAACUGAAGUGGAGAAACCUCCAGUGACAGACCCUCCCUUUUUUCAGCCAUCUCCGAAAGCAGAGCGUCCAAUCUCUGCGCUGUCUGCCCUGGAGAGGGCUGAGGACAUGAGCCCAGAGAAAAAAAGAAUUUCAGUUGACCAGAGGAUUUUCAGUGCUCUGCAGAAGGCACGAAGGAAGACCACCAGCUCCUUGACGAAUCCUACUCACCCGUACUCAAUCACCCCUCCGCCUGAAGAAUUUCCCCCUGCUGACGGGCUCCCACCUCUAUCCUUGGACCUCCCACCUAUUGAUUAUGAAGGAGGAGCAGGGAGUGCCCACCAACCAAAACAAGAACUAGUCAAUGGCAUUGACCCUGGACAUGUUUCUCCAGUAUUAGGAGAUAUUAGUGUGGGGUUGCCUGACUCCCCCCCAGAGAUGCUGGUGGUCCCCCCUCCUCCACCCCGACACUCUCUUCCAGCCCUCAGUUCCCUGACUCCAGAGAAGCCUGAUGAGCUUCCCUCCACUGAUCUGAGCACUUCAAUUCCCACCCCACUUCUUACAGACAAUGGGCUCCCAUUUUCCCCAGAGUUUUCAGAGACUGACACAGUGGAAGUUCCUGAGUUUUUUGAUAAUAUAGCUUCGGAUGUUCCCUCUCCGGAGAUCCCAACAACACAGAGUGGGAAUGAGGCCUACUCGGGUCCAGAUAGAGUUGAUGGAGGUGUUGUGCCACAGCUUCAUGGUAACGGGAUAUUUGUUCCAGGGCCAGAGUUCAGGGCAGAGCCAGUCCCUGGAGGCGAACAUGAAAAUAAUCCAGUUCCGCUUCCUUCGAUCCCAGGUACUCAAGAUUUGCUCCAAGUGGACAGUCCUCAAGUGGAAAAUGGAAACAGCCCCUAUGAGAGUGCAGAAAACAUGUAUGGGGACACUGGCUCAUCUGGCACCAAGAAGAAGGGGAAGCCAGAUGGCAAGAAGCGUAAAGGACCACCAAAGAAUCCGUAUGUAGAGGCUGCACAGGAACCUAAUCAAGAGAAAACUAAGACAGGCAGGUUUGGCAAGACAGAGAAGAAAGCCGUUGCAGAAGGGCCGGAUGAGAAGGAACUGAAAAAGAGGGAGAAGCAGCGCCUUGAGAAGGAAAAGAAGGAACUGAAGGAGAAACAAGAACGGGAGAAGAAAGAGCAGAAAGAGAGGGAGAAGAAGGAGAGUGAGCUCAAAAAGAAAUUCAAAAUCACAGGACAAGAGGAUGCCAUUUACCAGGCAAACGUAACUGUCACAACAAAAGGGCGUAAGAACGAUCUGCCUGUCAAGAGCGGGGACGUCGUCAGCAUCAUCCGAACGACCAACUGCCCCAAAGGGAAGUGGCUGGCCCGGGACAGCACCAACAACUAUGGGUAUGUGGCGGUGGAUCAUGUGGAGCUGGACAUCAAGGAGAUGCUUGAGCUGGGAAAGAAAGCCCGUAAGACCAGCAGCAAUGUCGUUGAGCCAGAUGCUGCCAACGCAGGCAACAGAGUCUCAAACCACUACCCACUAUCGGGAGAAAGCUUCGAGGACGACAGCGAGGAGUGGACCGGCGAUGAUGAUGAACCUGUCUCUCCUGCAAUCGAAACUGCAGAUCCCCUGGCAGCAUUAAGUCACACCAGGACACUGUCCAUGCCAGAGAUGCCAGACACAGCACACAAAGACCUGAGCAUAAACCACCAGCACAGUCACAGUGAUAUCAAUGCUGAUGGCUCACAUAUGCAAGCAAAACAUGAAGCACUUCAAAAGUUGGCAACAUUUUUCCAUUCACCCAAAGGGGCGGAGUCAGCUACCAGCAACGGCGACGCACCUACAAGUCCUGCGCAUGUGACGGAGGCAGCAGUGCAGAUUCCGAACAACAGCUCAACACAGGGAAUCGAUUUGGAUGAUCCGAUGCUCAUCCUACCUCCCCCUGACCUGUAUGCUGACCUGGGGUUGGAGUGACCAUCAUGCAGCACAGAGAAAAACCAGCCGGGUGGAACAGGAUUAGUUCUUCUUCACACCGCGACCGGUGUCACUCACCUGAUACUGGGACAGCGGCGUCAUCUUCUCGACUGUGACCUUUUUGACCUGGUGCAUCAGUGUGAUGGCUUACAAUGCAAACCGCCUCUGUAGGUGGCCUUCUGCUCUAUGAACAUGCGAGAGACAGUUUGGUGGCUGUGACUGACAUUAAACUUUGGACUGGGAGGAACUGCUGGUCCCAAGAAAGGAUUUACAGAUGCUGCAGCAUACACAGGGACACUGUUUUUGCUGCUGCCCUAAAAAAAAGAAAAAUGUCUGUAGAACUCCUGCCCUGCAUGUUGUAGAUAUUCGCCCUGCUUCAGCACACUUGCUUCAGAUGUGGAAUGAACUGGCUGUGUUGGAACAGGGAUACUUCUAAAACAUAGCGGACCAACUAGCGAUCACUAACAUAUCUAUCACCAAAAUAUUUAAAAUAAUAUAAAAUAUAGUUUAAAUUUGACAGUAAAUUGAGAACAGUAUAAUGCUUUCGGUUAAGAUACAGUAUUUUUAGAGUUUGACACCAGCCUGGGGAAUUACAAUAAACAUGCUGGGUCAAAGACGUGAACUCGUGUCUGAAGCUUAGUCUACAUACAGUAGUUAUAAUCAUUGAUAUACGUAUACUGUUUUUUUGUGACAGCGUUUAUGGAAAGAACAAGCAGCAAAUGAAUAUUUAAGUUGUCAACAAUGGGGUAUUUUCACAGCUUCACUACUUCCUGAAAAUAGCUGUGCACAUUCAUUUCCUGUCUUGCAUUAUUGGCCAAACUGAUUAAUCCAGGUGUGUCUGGUUUAGACUGCUGCAACAAGACACACCUGGAUUAAUCAUUUUGGCCAAUAAUGCAAGACAGGAAAUGAAUGUGCACAGUUAAUUUCAGGAAGUAGUGGAACUGUGAAAAUGGCCCAUUCUAAGAAAUAACCUUAUGCAUCUUACAAGUAAUGUGAUAUUUCUUAGGCUAUACAUGUGAACGUGACUCACUCUACUUUUAGUUUGUUUUUGCACCUCUUGAGUUUGAUAGAUUUAAAAACAAACUUAAAGACGAGUUAAUUUUUGAAAGAGUGAAUGCUGCCAUCAAGAAUCUGGUGCACAUCAAAUAAUCCCUGCUGCUGCUUGAUUGAAGCCGCUGUCUCUCUUUCCACAUGUCUGAUUAAAUGAUUUCCGGACUCGGGACACAUUCUUUAUUUAUACAAUCCCAAUUUAUUUACUGUCUCAAAUAAUUCAUACCAUCGUUUUUACAUUUUUUGCUAAAAUGCAGGUUUUCUCGCAUGUUUAUGUCUUAAAUCAGCUGCAGUACCAGUGAAAUAGGGGCUUCAGAUCUGAAUAUGGCAUUCCUAAACAGGCCAGAGACAAGUCCCUCCUUUGUUAAUUACAUAUAGAAAAUGAUUAAGUUAUGCUGAAAGUCCCAUUUUCCCUUGAACACAGUAAUGUUGUAGAUGUGAAGACAGUGAUGUUACUCACUUCACGUUGCUACAGCUGAUCUGUGGUUCUUGGCUUUAAUAGUGUGAUCUUAAAGUAUAAUAAUUUGGCCAUUUUUUCCUCAUGGUUUCAUGUUUGGCUUGAUCAGGAAACAGCACCACAAGUGUGAACAAAGCUUAAUACCACCUUUACAGCUAUCGAUUACUAGACAGGUUUUCUUCAAGUGUUUGUAUUAUUGUGCUUUUUUUUUUUUUUUUGUACACUGACACCUUUUUUUCUACUGUGUUAUUUCAUUUAUCAACAAUAUUUUUUUCUAACUCCUCUUGUAGAUUGUGGAGGAUAUAGUCACUCUCAAACAGUGUAUUUGCAUGAGAUAAUUUUUUUAAACUGUACUGAAUUAAGCAACAUAUAACAGAAUAAAGACAUUUGUGCUGCAUCGUUCAGAUUUGCACCUGGAGGGGAAAAUUUAUCCAAUAACUUUAUUUUCUUUACUCUGUUUAAAGCUAGAGUCUGGCAGGUGUCGCUGUUAUGUUUCUCUAAGUGUAAUACUGCCGUGCACACUGAGAGGUUGCAGCAGUAUUUAGUAUUAGCAAACAAAGAAUGAUUGUGAUUUUCACCUGAAGUCAUUUUCAAAUAAAAUGAUUUUGAUAUUUUAGAAUAAAGAGUAAAAGCAAAGUAAUGAUUUGUAAUUUUGUGUUUUUUUGUACAUGAAUUUGAAAAAUCUGCUAAGGGACAAAAACACUUUU